AUGUUACCGGCAGAGCAAUGGGAUUCGAGUCCUUCACAGGAAAAGCGAAUCUACCAAUGGCGAGGAGGAGUGAUGCGAGAGGAAGAACCACUUUCUAUCAGGGGUAACGCCCGAAUUCAAGCUCAUGAAGAACAGAACAUCCAUCGAGGGAUCGAUACCAAUGGAAAAGAAUGGGGGAAUGAUGAAACGGAGGAGAUCCAAGCGAGAAUAUUCACCAUAAAUCUGAAUGGUAGAUCAAACUAUACCCAAAAAGAUGUGCAAUAUCCUGUUCCAUCCGCAGUCCAUCAAGAAAGAUCGAUCAGACACAUGGAUGAGAAUAGGUAUACCGUCAACAUCAAAGAUACCAAUCAUCGAUCCUUCGUGGAGAAGGAAGUUGAAGAUAAUGGCGAAAGACAAGAUGUAAUGGUCGUAGACGACUUCGUUGUUCACCCGUUCUUUCCCCAAGAUGAGACAAAAGCUCAAUUGAUUGUCGAAUCCGAAGAUAACGUGCGAUACUUCAUCGCUGCCUCACAAGCAAGGAGCGUACUUCCCUCUCUGCCCAAUCCGAUCCCAGUGGCAAGAUCAUCUACUCGAGAUUUAUCACAAUAUCAGACUCGAGCUCAAGUUGUUCAAUGGAAUGGUGGCUCCAACUCAAUCACAUUGAUCCUCACAUGCCUAUUCAGACCCGAAAAAUUUAUAUCUUCAUCUUCAUCUUCGAAAACUGAUCCUAUAUAUCUCAUAAAGCUCUUACCGGACGUACUCAAUCUCGCCGACUAUCAUCAAUUCACCUCAACAUUCUUUCCCAAAUUCAUCAACAUCCUCAACAAGCUCAACGCUUCCCCUUUAGUAUUGUAUACAGCUUACGCGUUAAUGGACGAAUUCAAUAAAUGUGAUCGAUACGCCAAACUCACAAUUCGAUCAAACAUGCUUAACAAUAUUCCUUCUACGCUUCUUACCAUCCUCGAACAGCACGCUCCGAGAUAUUUCAACUCACUUACGAAGUUACAUAAAGAAUGGGAGGAAGCCUAUUCUCGACAUUACAUCGCACUAGUCACUGACCUCGCAGGGGUGAAUAUCCAACUUGUAGGAUUCGGUGCUCAAUGCAAGAAGAGAUUCGGAAGAGGUUGUCCAGGGUAUAUAUCCUCUAAAGGGAAUUUCAAGGAAUUAAGAGGUAGAGCAGCUGAUGCUGCGUCUUCAUGUGCUCGAGACAAUGGUUAUAAAGCUAUGAAUAGUAGGAUCGAAGAGGCAGUUCAUACAGAAGUGGGAUGUGAGACUUGCGCUCAUAGGUUGAUCAAUGCCUUUGGGGCUGUGAUGUCGAAGGUGUUCAUGGGAGUUAAAGAUGGAAUAUGA